AUUCGUUUAGAACUACGGAAAAGAAAAAAAAAAGAGGCUUUCUACAUAUGCACCGUCCAAAACAACGGUUUUUUAUCAGCUGUAGUCAAAAGAAUAUCCCUCAUAGGAGCCCAAAUAUGAAUCGGUAAAUAUAGCCUGGAUAGUCCAUGGAUAAAAUAAAAUCAAUUCAAUUGAUGGAAAAAGCACCAUAAAGAUCAAUUAUUGAAAGUUCGGGCUGAUACGAUCAAAUCUGCUCAUGGGCAAAAAAAAGGAUUCAAUUUAUGUAAUAGGGUUGAUUUACUAGGCUAUUGAGCAGUGGUGUAGCAUCGGAUCCUAAAGACGUGAAGUACUUUCCUGGUAGGAAAGUAUUCUUCAAAAUUUCUAUACAGAACAUAGAUAGUUACCUCUUAAAAAGAUUUUUAUCUGAUCUAAUCUGAAGUAGAUCUCUUUAUUUCUAAUACUUCAUCUUUUUUAGGGUGGGAGAAAGGAGAAAACCUGAUCAUUUAUCGAAAGUGAAGUUUGAAACUCAUGUCAUUGACCCAUUCUGUUCUUUCGGUUAACCUGAACGUAUUUCUUCUAUUUUGGAAGUUUGGGUAAAGGACUAAAGAAUAGUUGAUUGAGCCGUAUGAGGUAGGAAACUCUCAAGUACGGUUCUAAGGGAAGAAAACUUUUAGAAGUUGAUCUAUCCCGACCGAGGAGAACAGGCCAUUCAACAGGGAGAUCCUGAAAUUGCGGAAGCUUGGUUUGAUCAAGCUGCUGAGUAUUGGAAACAAGCUAUAGCGCUUGCUCCAAGCAAUUAUAUCGAAGCACAAAAUCGGUUAAAGAUUACAGGACGUUUUGGAGAAUGAAAAUGUCUCGAUUACUAUACUGCGAAAUCGUCAAGAAUAUGAAAUUUAUCCAGACAGGAUAAAUCCAUUUUUCAUACUAUUCGAGCGAAUUAGCUUCUCUUAUUGCAUUGUCAUUAUAAAAAAAUAUGUUUAAAAUAAAACAAAGAAUACUUUCUAUGGAUCGUUAAUGAAAAAAAUCUUUUCUCUAUGGGCAAAUCCCGUCCAGAGAUAUAAUUUAUUAAAGAUUCAUUAAUAAUUUAUCAAUUCAAAGUUCUUUUGAAUUAUAAAAGUGAUCUGUAACAUAUGGGUCCAGAGAUAUGGAUAAAUAAAUCUGGAUAUGAAGAUAAUGAUUGUAUUAAUAUUGAUAUCUUUUUUUACCACUCGACGGGAAAGACGUUUUAUAUCUCGCAACGGUCCAUUAAGCACCUAUCAGAUAUGUCAUAAUAAAUAUGAACACCUGUCUCAAAUCGACUUCCCUAUCAUAGUCGCUCUAGUUUUGAACUGGGAAAUAAAGAGAGGAACGAGUUGAGAAUAUAUCUUUUUUUUUAUUCGGCGGGUUUUUUCUCAUGUCUCGUCUGGAAAGAGGAGAACUCAAUGACCAUUCGUUCACCGGAACCAGAAGUAAAGAUCAUAGUGGAUAGGGAUCCUGUUAAAACCUCUUUUGAAAAAUGGGCUAAACCCGGUCAUUUCUCAAAGACACUAGCCAAGGGACCUAAUACUACCACCUGGAUCUGGAACCUACAUGCUGAUGCUCACGAUUUUGAUAGCCAUACCAAUAAUUUGGAAGAGAUCUCCCGCAAAGUAUUUAGUGCUCAUUUUGGUCAAUUAGCAAUAAUAUUUAUUUGGCUAAGUGGGAUGUACUUUCACGGCGCUCGCUUCUCCAAUUAUGAAGCAUGGCUAGGCGAUCCUACUCACAUUAAACCCAGUGCUCAGGUAGUUUGGCCGAUAGUAGGCCAAGAAAUUUUGAAUGGAGAUGUGGGUGGAGGUUUUCGAGGAAUACAAAUAACCUCUGGGUUCUUCCAGAUUUGGCGAGCAUCCGGAAUAACUAGUGAAUUGCAACUUUACUGCACCGCAAUUGGUGCAUUGAUCUUUGCAGCGUUAAUGCUUUUUGCUGGUUGGUUCCAUUAUCACAAAGCUGCUCCAAAAUUGACUUGGUUCCAAGAUGUAGAAUCCAUGUUGAACCACCAUUUAGCAGGGUUACUAGGACUUGGCUCUCUAUCUUGGGCAGGACACCAAAUACACGUUUCUUUACCUAUUAAUCAACUCUUAGAUGCUGGAGUGGACCCUAAAGAGAUACCACUUCCUCAUGAGUUUAUUUUAAAUCGUGAGCUUUUAGCUCAACUUUAUCCCAGUUUCGCUAAGGGAUUGACCCCAUUUUUCACCCUGAAUUGGUCGGAAUAUUCAGAUUUUUUGACUUUUCGCGGAGGACUCAACCCAGUAACGGGGGGUCUGUGGCUGACCGAUACUGCACACCACCAUUUGGCUAUUGCAGUUCUUUUUCUAAUCGCUGGUCAUAUGUAUAGAACCAAUUGGGUUAUUGGUCAUAACCUCAAGGAUAUUUUGGAAGCUCAUAAAGGUCCAUUUACAGGGGAAGGACAUAAAGGUCUUUACGAGAUCUUAACUACUUCAUGGCAUGCUCAAUUAGCUCUUAACCUAGCUAUGUUAGGGUCUUUAACUAUUGUCGUAGCUCACCAUAUGUAUUCUAUGCCUCCCUAUCCAUAUCUAGCUACUGACUAUGGUACCCAACUGUCUCUGUUCACGCACCAUAUGUGGAUUGGUGGAUUUCUCAUAGUUGGCGCUGCUGCACAUGCAGCUAUUUUUAUGGUAAGAGACUAUGAUCCGACUACUCAAUACAACAAUCUUUUAGACCGUGUUCUGAGACAUCGUGAUGCAAUCGUAUCACACCUCAACUGGGCAUGUAUUUUCUUAGGUUUCCAUAGUUUUGGUCUAUAUAUUCAUAAUGAUACUAUGAGUGCUUUAGGACGUCCUAAAGAUAUGUUUUCAGAUACUGCUAUACAAUUACAACCUAUCUUUGCUCAAUGGGUACAAAACACUCAUGCUUUAGCACCCAGUUUGAUAUCCACCUUUAUUAUAAGUUCAAUAAAUAGAAUUAAACUAUAUUUCUAUAUGAUAGAAUAG